CGUCACUUCUGGUAAGGGAGGCAAUAUGGCGGGUGGGUGUGCUGGAUAAAGCAGCGAGAAGCUGCUUAUCUGGGGCGAUUCGGAGGUCGCUCAGUAUUAUGGAUUCUAUGUUGGCUUCCGCUAGUCGCUCGGAGGAUGAGGACUCGUCCGCAGGGACUAAAAGGAGUUUGCCUCAAGGUUCCGGGCUCGUGCCUAAAAGAAGGAGCUCGUCGAGGUUUAUUAAGCGGAAGAAGUUUGAUGAUGAGUUGGUAGAGAGUAGUCUUGCAAAAUCAACUAGUCGUACCCGUGGUCCAAGUGUAGGGGAGCAAGGGCGCUAUUCUGGCAGUGAACCUUCUUCCAGUGAAAAAAAGAAGCAAGUCUGCAAAGCAAUUUCGACUCCAGCUCCACCAUCUCCUGCACCAAGUCCCAGUAUCGCUAAACGUAUCAAAAAAAGCAAACAACCACUGCAGGUAACCAAGGAUCUGGGAAGAUGGAAACCUGCUGAUGACCUGCUACUUAUUAACACAGUUUUGCAGACAAAUGAUCUGCAUGCUGUACACCUUGGGGUUAAAUUCAGUUGUCGAUUUAAUCUGAAUGAGAUACAAGAACGGUGGUAUGCAUUGCUGUAUGACCCUGUCAUUUCUAAAUUAGCAUGUCAGGCUAUUCGACAACUGCACCCAGAAGUCAUUGCAGCCAUACAGAGUAGGGUUUUGUUCAGUAAAGCUGAAGAACAGCUAUUAAGCACAGUAAGCUCGGCCUCUCAGCCUACACUGGACACAUUCCAAGACUUGUUGAACAAGCAUCCAGAAGUAUUUUAUAUGUCACGUACUGCUAAAUCGCUUCAAGUCCAUUGGCAACUUAUGAAGCAAUACUAUUUGCUAGAAGACCAAACAGUUCAGCCACUUCCUAAAGGGGAUCAAGUUUUGAAUUUUUCUGAUGCAGAAGACAUGCUAGAUGACAGUAAGCUCAGAGAAACCAGAGAUGAAGUUCUUGAACAUGAGCUGACCGUUGCUGAUCGCCGCCAGAAAAGGGAGAUCCGCCAGUUAGAGCAGGAAUUAAAUAGGUGGCAAGUUUUAGUGGACAGCAUCACAGGAAUGAGUUCCCCUGACUUUGACACACAGACGUUGGCUGUGCUACGUGGACGCAUGGUGCGCUAUCUGAUGAGAUCUCGAGAGAUUACUCUUGGAAGAGCUACAAAGGACAACCAAAUUGAUGUGGAUCUGUCUCUGGAGGGCCCGGCUUGGAAAAUUUCAAGAAAACAAGGUGUCAUCAAACUAAAAAAUAAUGGAGACUUCUUCAUAGCCAAUGAGGGUCGGCGUGCUAUUUAUAUAGAUGGAAGACCUGUGCUGCCAGGGAGCAAGUGGAAGCUCAGUCAUAACUCUGUUGUAGAGAUAUCCGGUCUCCGCUUUGUGUUCCUUAUCAAUCAGGACCUGAUCUCUCUGAUCAAAGCUGAAGCUGCAAAAGUCAUCCAGCCUUGAAGAAAGUAACUUGUUAAUGAACUAAAGCUGAACUCUUCCUUUGUCCCUCUCCGCUUAGAGAGAUGCUUUGACUUUCUUUCUGCUAUGGGGCAAAUAGGAUAUUUGUGUCAGGGUAAAAGGAGGACUUUUAUACAGUAAUUUUUGGAUUUGUUCUGGACACACUUUGGUUGAAUACUGUUUAGUGGUAUUGUACAUACUAAUACUUUUUUUGUCUUUUAUUUGGUAAAUUAGCAAUUUAUAACUUUUUUAUGUUUUUAAGUUGCUUGUUUUACAGUGAAAACCAGCAACAUUCGAAACACAUUUAAAAUAAAUGCCAAACCGAUACAAGAGAUUUGUGUAUGAAACAUGAAUUUAUUUGUGUUAUCAGUGACCAGACCAACACCUUUAAAGUGCAAUGCACAGUGUGCUCUUUAUUAAUAGGAUACACUUUUUUCCCCAGUCAGCUACUUUUUAAGCUUUUUGGUUGCAUACAAUGUAUCUUAAUGAUAAUAAUAAUUUGCUGCUUCCUAGGUAGACUGAGACAUGCUUAGGUUUUGGUUUAGCCAUAGGGCAAAGUCUUGGGCUGUCCCAUAGGAAUGAAGGCAAGGAAGAAAGUUUUUUUUCUUUGGCAAAUAAAAUGUUUGUCUUUUUGCAGCUAAA